AUGACCGCAUCAUCGGAGCCCAAGGCAGAGACCCAGCAGAGAGUCAAGGCGCCCAAGGGAAAAAAGAGCAAGCAGGCCAAGGGGACGCCGCCGUCCGAGACGUUCCUGGAGGCCGCCCUAGACGGCCAGUACGAGCUCCUCCUAGAGGGCGAGGAGCCGGGCACGGCCGGGGAGCUGGUCGCCUCGAUCGAGGAUGCAGCGGAACCGCCCUCCCUGGUGGAGCCCGCGGAAUCUCCCUCCCUGGUGGAGCCCGGGCUGGCCGGCAAGACGGUGGCGAUAUGCGGGCCGGGCGUGUCCAUCAAGGACCUCUUCUCCGAGGCCGCCAGGGAAGGCGGCUCCCGCGCGCUGGCGGACGAGACGUGGUGCCUCGACUCCCUGGGGGCCUUGCUCAACAACGACAGGACCUUUCACAUGAGUCCCGUGACUAAGCUGGGAGAAGGGGAGAACGGGUGGAUCUCGACGUGCAAGAUCGUCUACUCCAGCGGGCGGGACGACCGCUUCCCUAACGUGAUCGCCUACCCCAUCGAGAAGGUGAUGGAGUUCCUCAACGUCGCCUACUUCAACAGCUCCGCGGCGUACGCGAUAGCCUUCGCGAUCGCGGAACGCGUGGGGCGCAUCAAGGUCUACGGCCUCGAUCCCCCCACGGCCAAGGAGAGGGCGAACAUCGAGUUCCUCCUCUGCAAGGCGAUCCACUACAACACCGCCGUAGAGAUCAGUGGGAGCUCGACGCUACUCGACAACGACGUGCCCCACGACAAGAAGACGGCGCUCCGAGGUCUCCGUCCGGAAGUAGGCAUAAGGAAGGGGGUGAGGUGGGACGUGGGGCUGAUAUCGAAAGCGGGGAUGGACGAGUCGGACGAGGUGGAGCGUCUCUUGGAUCGACACCCCAUGUCGUCGCGCAAGGCGGUGGACCAGAUCGUGACCGCCUCGCGACUGAUGGCGCACGGCUCGUUCUCGGAAGGCUCCGUCAACCGACGGGCCACGAUCAGCUGUCGCGCGAUCCACCCCGUCAUGAAGGACGGCACCGUGCUGAAGGGGUAUCAGGUGGAGGCCGUCUCGGCGAUGAGGAGCAUGGAGAGGAACACGCACACCCCGACGCGUCUCGCUUCCGGAGAGACGCUGUACCACAACAUCGGGAUCCUGGCCGAACCCCCGGGGAGCGGCUCCAUGCUGACGGUCAUCGCGCACCUGAUGAGCUCCAAGGACCGGCCCCCCAGCCCCGAGAACACCUACUACGCCUGGCUGGAAGACGAGAAGGCGAACACAGAGAGGAGGUCCUUGGCCUUCGGAGACUACUGCUACGGCAUGGUAGUGCCUCCCGUAGAGAAGAAUGCGGCCCCGGACUUCUGUGGAGUGACGGUGAUAGUCUGCUCGGGAGUCGGCACGAACCAAUGGGCCCGCAAGAUGGGGGAGACGGCGCCCUCUCUCCGUCCCCUGCUCGUGUCCCGGCUCAGGGAUCUGACGAAGCUGGCGCACCGGGGGCUGAGGAGCCUGGACUCCAGAGAGGGGUGGGUGAUCAUCGUCUCCGCGUCGUUGUACGGAGCCUUCUACGACCACUUCGGCGGGGUCCGCUUCUCGAGACUGGUCAUCGACGACGCGGGCACGGUGACGGGCAAGCACUUGCCGCGGCUGAGGGCGUGUUUCACGUGGCUGGUGGAGAGCACAGUCGAGCAGUACGUCAUGCCGAGCGCCCUCGCUCCCGACCAGAGGGCCGACCCCAAAUCAUACGCCCGCGUCUGCUCGGUCCUCCAGAACGCCGGCCUGGAAGACCUGUCGCGGGUGUUGGUCAGGCACCCGAUGGCGACCGUCGUCGGGGAGUGCGAGAUCGAGUUCCCCCUGCACAUCCACUACGAGUGCUCGCUGACCGUCCACGGCCCGCAACGGCGUCACGGCCGGUCAUGGGACGUCUACGCGGAACUCCGCCCCCUGGAGUUCACCCCCCCAAGCGAGCACGAGCACACUAUUCGGCUCAUGCAGAUCGGCGCCCGGCCAUAUCCGGAUGCCGCCUCCAUAGGGCUCACGAAGGACGCCCAGGCGCGGGUAGCCGGAUGGAGGGAGGACACCUGCUCCGUGUGCUGGGGGGACCUGGCGAAAGAGGCGUGCGUCACGCCGUGCUGCUCCCAGCUGCUGUGCGUCGAGUGCACCGCCAGGAUCCUGACGUCCGCGACCCCGAGCUGCCCCAUCUGCAGGGCCGACAUGAUGAACCCCGGGAUGAAGAUGGUGACGGACCGCUCCGUCUCGAUCCCCCGGAACCUCACCCUGGACCGUUCGGAGUACUGGAACACGCCCAUCAGGAGCACCCUCUCCGCCGUGCUGAACGCCAUGGCCGCCGGGUCCAGGUUGGUCCUGUGGUCCUACGCGCACUCGUACCACCUGAACAUACGCCACCUCGGAGACUUCGUGGAGAGGCACGGAUUCUCGUCCUGCAAGCCCCUCAACGGCAGCAAGUACCAGAUCGGCAACACGCUGCGCCAGUUCAACCAGGACCGAGACGCCAUCGAUGCGGUCCAGAAGAAGGCCAUCUUCCUGACGGCAGCGUGGGAGGGGCGCGGCUGCCACCUGCCGGCGGCCACGGACGUCAUCUUCCUUUCCGAGGUCUCCACCUCCGUCUACCAGCACGUCAUGGCCCGCGUGCUGAACGUGGCCAGCCCGCGCAUCCUCCGGCGGGCGGGCGUCCUGAGGGUGCACAUGCUGCACUGCAGGGGGCGCACCUACCCGGAGCUGACUGCAAGGAGAGAGCCGCCGCUGCGUUCGCGGGGAGGCGACGCCACUAUCUCUGGCUCGAAGAUAUGGAAGAUGACCAACAGUGGGCGUAGGCUGAACUUCAAGACGAGCGAGUCCGGUAGGAAGACGAUGGUCCGGAGUGCGUCAGACGUGAACGAACGGGAGACGGCGUGUACCCCGUUCUGCGAGGUAGUAGACGUGAAGCGAGACGAUCAUAAGUGCUACGUGACUCUGCGGGUCGAUCGCGACGCUUCCUUUCACACGUAUCUCGCUUCGAUCGGGAAUCAGAUCCGAUCGUUCCUCGGCGCCGAUCCGCCCAUCCGCAUGCCUUACGACCCGACCCUCGGUCUCCUCCGCGUGAAGUUCCCCGUCAGGGGAGGCCGCCUGGCCGUCAGGGCGUGGGACGCGGCCUCGUUGCAAGAGGUCCCGACGUCUUCACUCGCCCCGGGCCAACGAGCGGCCCUCAGCAUGACCCUUCACGACCUAUGGAUGGACGCGGACGUCGUGACCCCGACGUGGGUCGCCGAUACCGUCCUCGUGCGCGUGCCCGAUACGAACGUACCGGCAGACCAUACGCCGUAG